AUGGAGUCAACAUCUGAAAAUAAGCAAGAUGUUUUAUCUAGAAAAGAUGUCUAUUAGAUAAUUGGUGAAUUAGAGGCACUAAGUCCAGAUACUUAAGAUUCUGAAUUGGAGGACGUGACAUCACUCAUUUAUAGCACUGUUGAAAAACUAAAUGAUUGUGAAUUCUUGGCUAAAAAUGAUUUCGAUUUAAAUGAGUCAAUGUCAGCAUUUGAAGUCAUGGAUCUUAAAAUGGAUAUGCGACUCAGAAGAAAAGAGUAUCUUCAUCCAAAGAUGGCUAUACAGACUGGACUUUUGAAGAUCGAAAACUCUCUUUCAUUAGAGGAAUAGAUCGCUGUUCUUAAUGAGUUUAUGAUUCAAUUUAGUUGCUGGCAAAAGUACAAUGUAUCUGUUUAAUAGACCAUAUACAGUUGCUAUUAUUUAAUUAAGAGAGAAUAUUAUGAGAAAAACCCUUACAUAGCCAGCUACAUUGAAGCACUUCAUCUAUUAAUUUUGACAUUCUAUGAGAAUGCCAGAUACUCAAACUGUCUAAGAGACGAAGAUAUUUGCUUCCCCCCUUGCAUAUAAAAGAAUCAUUAAAAGAGUUUAAAAGAUAUUUUAGCAUAGAUUAAUGAUUAAAUCUCUGAGCUAUCAAAAGACAAAAACAAUGUUUAAUUUGAAGUUAUAGCUGGCCAUUUGAAGUUCAUUAGAAGUAUGAUGCUCAUUCUAUUGAAUGCUUUUGAUAAAGAUUUAAUUACUGCCAAAGAAAAUAAUGAGGAGACUAAGUAAUCUUCUAAAAAGAAAAAGAAGAAUCCUCUACUUGAUGUUCCAGCUUAGAUCAAGGUCUUAGAAUAAAGUCUAACAAGUCUAAAGAAAUUUGAGCAACUUGACUAAAGUCACAAUGAGUGGGCUGAAAAGCUUUUUGAUUAGAAAAUUGUUCCAACCCUCCCGUUAGUUAGUAACUUAAAAAAGUUUUAAAGACACGACUUCAAUUCAGCAUUAGUAUUCUUCACCGAAUUUCACAGUGACCUUGUAGCUUUGGAAAAUAUCAGAGAAAAGACUUAAUACUUUGAAGAGCUAAUUUAUGAUAUGAAUUAGUUUUCAUCUAAGAAUCCCUGUUCAAUGAUUAGGCUAAUAUAUGAAAGAACAAUCUUUCCAGAUCCAAGCUAGAUGCUCGUUUUGAAGAAUGUUUUAAUACAGGACUUCCUCAUGAAAGGAAUCAUCGAAGUUCAUCCUUUUAUUAAAAAUCAUCUUGAAAAUGAUACUUUCAAAGAAUUUUAUCAUAAAUAUUCACUAGUCGCAAAGGAGCUAAUGAUGAAGUGUCUAAGAAACCCAAGUAGGUAAAGAAGAUCUAUCUCCAAGUAUUUUGAUGACUUUAAUAUUUUACUCAAUGAAGCCAAUAUUUUUGAUAAUGAAAUCCUUACCAAACUUGGAUAGAAUCCAAGACUUGGCAAUACUGUUGCUCUAAACAUGGUUAUAAACAUUUCAAUGCUUAUUGGAUUAGAAUACUUAAACAGGGGUAUGGAGCUUGAACUAUUCUCCAAUCAUGAAAUGUAUAUGGCCUUUAAUUAUAGUAGACUUGUUUAUCAAAUGCUCAUUUUCAAUAGGAAACCAUAAAUCUCAGGGAUGAAUGAAGACUUGUUAAAGUUGAACUUAGUUGAUUUAAAUGAUCUAAAUGCUAGUCCAGAUAAAUUCAAACAGAGAAGAAAGAAGUCAACCUUCGUAUAAAAAUUAGUGUAUGACGAAUUCGAAUUCUUCAAAGCUAUGUUCUCUAUCAAUGGGGGAAUGACUUUACUAGCGGCAUAUGCAAUGAAAUAAGGACUUGUAAAAAAUAUAAUAGCUUAAGAAGGCGUUGAAAAGUAAGUUUAUGAACAAAGAUUCGGUGUUUUUGCCACAAUGUAGUUCCCAAGAUAUAUUUCUUACGAAGAAUACAAAGCAAAUCUCGAAAAUGAUUGCAAUAUGGAUUCCAAGGAGCUUCUUGAAAAGGCAAAGAAUUUAUUUAUAGAAGGCAAAAACAUACUCCAAAAACUUAUUCAGACCGAGGAUACAUUAAAGAAUGACAGAUACUUCAACAAGCAGUAUCUAGAAAAAAUUCAAAGAAUAGCAAUUAUGAAUUCUUUAAAUUUAACCAAAAUUAGUAUGUUUGGAGAAAAUGCAGUUUUUAAGGUCAAUAGAACUGACUCACUUCCACAUUUAAUUCUUAUUGAAGUAGAGAAGAAGAAAUGA